AAAAUAAUGAAAAAUGCGAUUCCCAAAUUAAUUCUUACGUAGAUUUCGUUUUAUAAACAACAACAAUGGGUGACGAUAAGAAGAAAGUGAAGAUCUGCCGUGUGUGUUUGGGUACAAACGUGAAAAAAUGCAUGUCCCUAUUCGAAAUAUACAAAGAUUGUCUCAUUUACGACUACGUCAAUACUAUAGCUAACGUUAAAAUACAGAAAGACGAUGGUUUCCCGGACAAAAUAUGCUUGGACUGUCUUUUGGAGCUUGAAACGGCGAUACACUUCAAGCAGAAAUGCGAGAGUUCCAAUGUUAUUUUGCAGUCAGCUCAGUUGCAGAAGCUUCCCGUCGUUUCUAUCAGCAACGCGAUAGCUGAGGUCGUUAUUAAGAAAGAAGAACCUUUAGAAGAGCCUUACGAGUAUUUAGAAGAGGACGUGCAUUUCUUAGACUCGGCUGAUCUACUCUCGGACGCCAACAUCACGAAAGUAGAGGAUGAUGAAGACAAAGGUGUUAAAAAAAGCCGAGCGAUAGAUUUGAAAUUGGAAUGUCACGACUGCGGUAACUUUUUUAAAAGCAAAUGUAAAUUACGUGUGCACUGGAAGAAAGUCCAUCUGCCGGAAGCUUUAAUAUGCUCCAUUUGUAAAAGAAUGUUCAAAUCGUUCAAAGCGUUCAACAGGCAUCUCAAAUCAAACAGACAGAGCUGUAAAACUGCCGCUGAAGUUAGGAUAGAAGGCAUUGGAAGGAACAGAAUAUUCCAUUGUAAGGAAUGUAAUUAUAAGUCUAAAAGAAUUAAAGAUAUUCAGUCGCAUCUCGUUAUACACACUGGUGACCGGCCAUAUCAUUGUGACAAGUGCCCCGCUAAAUUUACUCAGCAGAGCUCCCUACAGUGCCACCAGGAGGGCUCACACAAGUUAUACAAAGUCGAAAUAACCUGCCAGUAUUGUGGAAAGUUCGUCCGGGGCCGCUCAAAUGUGUACCGUCACUUAAAGACACAUACGGACAACCAGCAUCAAUGUCAAGUGUGCAGCAAGAUACUACAGUCAAAGAAAAGCCUGGCAACACACAUGCAGAGGCACAGCGGAGUUAAACAAUACACAUGCGAAGUUUGCGCCAAGUCAUUCUACACAGGCGCCGAACUCUGUAAUCAUAAAAGAAUGAUUCACAUGAAGGGCAAGUAUUGGUACUUCUGCGAUAUCUGCGAAUACAAAUCUAUUCGGUCUGAAAAAGUGAAGAAGCACAAAGCGAAACAUACAGCGACCAAUAUACCUUGUAUUGUAUGCGGCAUGUUCUUCGAAAUGCCUGAUAAACUUAUCCAGCAUCAACGGAAGCAUUUCGGUGAGAAAAAGUUCCCUUGCCCAUUGUGUGACAAACGGUUCUUCAGGAAAGACACCGUCGGCAAGCACAUACGAGCAAAACACAAACAGAUGCCUACUAUUCUGGUGGAGAAGAGAGUUGUGGUCAAAAAGGAGGUGCCCAUAGCCCCUGCCGAUGACUUAAUAGAGAUUGAACUGUCGCCUGUCAUAGAAAUUAAAUAGUUUAAGUAAUUUAUUAAAU